AUGGCUGUAGAUGUGUUCUCCGAGAAUUUCGUUGGCAUGAUUAGUCCCAGACUUUCAUUUUCUCGAGAUCUGGAUGAGAACGAUACAAGUAGUACCAAUAUCAACGACUAUUCCUGUAAGCUGGAUCGCUCCUUUGUCGAUUCAGCUUUCGAUUUUGCUUUCAAUGUCGAUACGAGUAUCACAUUUCAAUCUUCGUCAGCAGAUGAGCUUUUCUCUGAUGGAAAAAUCAUUCCUACUUGCUUAAGAAAUGAAGAAGAGGUUAAAAAAUCUGAAGCAGUUGUAGAAAGAGUACCAGUAAUACCCUGUUUGGAUCUUCAGUCUGCGACGAUUACGGAUACGGGGAAAAAGAGUUUAAAAGAGUUCUUAGAAGACAGUAUAGAAGAAGAAGAGGAGGAGGAUGUUAACAAUGCUGCAGUUGCGGCGAAAUCGUUUUGGAAAUUCAGGAGAAGUAAUAGUUUGAACUGUGAUAGAAAUCAGAGAAAAGGGUUAAUUGGGUCAUGGAAAAUAUUAUCUAGGAGUGGAUCAACAGGCAAAUUUUUGGAAAAGAUAGUAGAAGAAGAAAAACCCAGUAAUUUUCAUUCAAAGUUGUUGAGGAAAUUUAGCAGAAACAACAGUUUGAGUAAUUGUUCUGAUAAUGGUAAUGUUUCUACUAGUAACAACAAAGUGUUAAUUGGGUCGACUAAAAUGUUGAGGAGAAGUCAUUCAACAAGUGAUCAUUAUUUUUCGAAAUCGGAUUCGGGUUUGUUUAGAAGGAGUAAUUCAACUGGUUCUGCACCAAAUAAGUUGAAGAAGCAACAAUCACUCAAACAACAACAACAAAAUGUAGGCAAUGGUAAAUCAUCUCAAAAGGGAAAGGUAAAGGAUAAUAUUAGUAGAAAUAGUUAUGGUUAUGGUAAUAAUUAUAACAAUAAUUUGAGGAUUAAUCCAGUGUUAAAUCUUCCAACUACAUACAUUCCUAUAGUAAGUAUAGAUUUGUUUAGUUUUGGUUCAUUAUUUUGUAAUAAUGGUACCAAAGAUAGAAAGAAAAAGAAAUGA